AUGUCUCUCCAGUGUCCAUCCUGUGGCAAAGAUGGAUUCAAAACCGACACUGCUGUUGCCCGUCAUAUGAGCCAGCCUCGUUCUGGAUGCAAUAGUUGGCUGGAUGAGUUAAUUUGGCUGAAAUCUCACCUACCACCUGAAGAUGAUCCUAUGGAGUCAGAUAAUGAUGUCGGGGGUUCAUACGAAGAGGAUGAUGAUGAUGAUGUUUAUUUUGGAAACACUGACGAUGGUGGUCGGGGCUCACCUGUAGGUGGAGGAUGGGAUGAGGCUAGCGGAACCCCAACAAAGGAUAUUGAAGAAGAAAUGCACAGCAAGGUUACUGACUGCUUUCCAGGUGCUGCAGAGACGUAUGGCAUGGGCCAUACGUUCUUGGGCCUGUUCAACACCGACGAAAAUAGUGUCUAUUGCAAGACAAACCUCUACUAUCCAUUUAGCUGUAAGCAAGACUGGGAAAUUGCAUCAUGGUUACUGCGUUCCGGUUUGAGUAUGGGGAAGAUAGAUACCUUAUCGCUCGAGAUGAUUAAGGACCUUCCUUUGUUGUUCCGCUCGGCCAAGGAGUUAUGA